UUUGAUUAGAGAGCUCAGGGGAGAAGAUUGCUCUCUCCAGAUGCUGAUUUCCAAAGCACUUGACAAUCACAGGCAGAAGCCAAGAGCGGACCGCUGUGGCCGCACCUGCCCGAGGGCAGCUUGAGCAGGGCACUGAGACCUGCCCAUCGCGCCCAGGGACCCACAAAUGCGCUGAUAUACUGUCGCGACCUGUCCUCCGCCCCUCCAUCCUGUGCCCAGGAAGGAAGCCCACAGAUCUGCCAACCUUUCACACGGGAGGCGGACAGGACAAGAAAGCUGAGCUGGUGGUGUUGACGACCCCGAGAGGGCUCCAGGAUAAGAGGUGACCGUCAGCCACAGCCCUCUGGACUCGGAAGCAGCUGCGACCUCCAGUUCCCCGUACUGGCUCUGCUGUGUCCCGGGAGCAUCUACUUGCCUGGUCCGAGCUCAGCAGACUGGGCGAUGGGUCCUAGUAGGGACUGACCACCCUCACCUCUGUCCCCAGCCCCUCCAGACAGCCCCUCCCUUUGCUUCCCUGAAGGCGAGCAGCUGUCUGCGCCGCCCCUUUCCUCUCCAGUGCCCCAGCUCCCCUUUCCUCUCUCCCUCCCUCCCGGGGACCCAUUCCCUGGGCCACCAUGGCCGCGGCCAUCGCCAGCGGCUUGAUCCGUCAGAAGCGGCAGGCGCGGGAGCAGCACUGGGACCGGCCCUCUGCCAGCAGGAGGCGGAGCAGCCCCAGCAAGAACCGCGGGCUUUGCAAUGGCAACCUGGUGGAUAUCUUCUCCAAAGUGCGCAUCUUCGGCCUCAAGAAGCGCAGGUUGCGGCGCCAAGAUCCCCAGCUCAAGGGCAUAGUGACCAGGUUAUAUUGCAGGCAAGGCUACUACUUGCAGAUGCACCCUGAUGGAGCUCUCGAUGGAACCAAGGAUGACAGCACCAAUUCCACACUGUUCAACCUCAUCCCAGUGGGACUGCGCGUUGUUGCCAUCCAGGGAGUGAAGACAGGGUUGUACAUAGCAAUGAAUGGAGAAGGUUACCUCUAUCCAUCAGAACUUUUUACCCCUGAAUGCAAGUUUAAAGAGUCUGUUUUUGAAAACUAUUAUGUAAUCUACUCAUCCAUGCUGUACAGGCAACAGGAGUCUGGCAGAGCCUGGUUUUUGGGAUUAAAUAAGGAAGGGCAAGUUAUGAAAGGAAACAGAGUAAAGAAAACCAAACCAGCAGCUCAUUUUCUACCCAAGCCAUUGGAAGUUGCCAUGUACCGAGAACCAUCUUUGCAUGAUGUUGGUGAGACAGUCCCGAAAGCUGGGGUGACACCAAGCAAAAGUACAAGUGCAUCUGCAAUAAUGAAUGGAGGCAAACCAGUCAACAAGUGCAAGACCACAUAGCCAGAUCCUCAGGUGUCCUGACUUACUUGUCCUGAGCACAGUGGAGCGAUUUAUCCUUACUAGACAUUCCUGCUCCUGUGGCAGAAAAGCCCCAGCAAGCAAGCUGAUGCUUGUCCUAUGCUGUCUCAGACCUCCUUCAUUGCGAGUGGAUAAAUCUCAACCUGUGGUCCCCCUACACCAAGAAGACACCUGGACAAACCAGCUAAACUCAGACCAUGGAAUGCCCUACCAGAUAUGGAAUGCCUUUUUAAUAUCUUUUCUGUGACUGUGACACUUUAUGUGAAUGACAUACUUCACAAGUACACUCAAUACCUUGCCUGCUGACAGCUACCCAUAAUCCUUUUUGAGUCCUGUUUCAGCGAAAUCCAUGUGUUUAAGUUCAAUUUUGUAGCACCCAAAUAAUAUUGAGUAAUUUCUAGUUAGAUGCUAUAAACCUGUGCUAUCAUGGAUUUCUCUUCUUUCCAUUUUUACAGGGCUGCUCGCUCCACUGUCUGUGACCUUUAACAGGGAUUGUGUUCCUCUGAAUCUUCAAUGUUGCAGUUGGUUUGCUUAGGAGAAUAAUUAGGGAAUCAGGAAGCCUUCUAAACCUAUUACUACAAAUAGAAUCUAUAAAGAUUAAGAUUGUUGUCUGUGGCUCACAUUAUCGAUUAAACACACAUAUAUGCUCUGUCUAGUAGGAGACACUGUGCUCCUGAGGUAGGCAUUGCCUGGGUGGAACAAGGGUCAAACACAAUCCAUGGAAACCUCUAUAUGAUAGGUGUUUGGCAUUCCCUCUUAGUUUCUUUAUGUGUGUGUGUUUUAUACAUAUCACAAGCUUACUGGUAAUGGUAACAUUUGCCUUGCCCAGCGAGCAAGACCCACUUAGUUUUUGAGAAAGUGGGUCCAAAGAAUUCUGUAGGCCUUGUAGGCCUGAUUAAGGUUCAUUUUAUUUUCGUCAAUUAAUCCUCACUAUUGGGAAAAAGAAAACCCAAAUCAUUACAACUAUAAGAAAUAUGCUACCUAAAUCCAUUUCCGGCCAACACCUUAUUUUUUAAUGAAGACAACUCAGUGCCACACCUGAUUUGGGCUGCAUUCCAGUUAUCCUCAUCCUUAGCCAAGCAUGGGCAAGGCGGCUGUUGUGUUCUUUCCUGCAGCAGCAAUGCACACGUUAGUAUAAAUUAGACUUUAACAUUUUUGGUAUUUAAUGACAAGGUAUAAAACGACAUAUUAGGGGUUUUGUUUGCUCUUUUGUUUUGGGUUUUGUUUUGUUUUGUUUUGAGCUCAGCAUGGGGCCUGGUAUCCUGGAUGUCAUCAGUAUAUACUUCUAACACAGCUUUGUGAGGCCCAACGGGCUAGGAUAGAGAUGAUUUGUCAAGAUUUCAGAAUACAAUUUGUUGAGUACCCUAAAUAAAACUAAAGACAACCCAACACAUUCCAGUGUUAGGGGUUUGGGCCAUUUGAUUUAUUUAAUUUUGUUUUAUUGCUUUAAUUUAAUUUUGAAUUGAAUUCUGUAGAACUCCAAUUUUAGGGAUACUUAGAAAGGCUGUGAAUUGCUGGAAAUACACCUUGAAGAUUUUAUGCAAAAUGUUCAAUAACAGAUAUAAAAAGCUUCAAAAUGUUUAGUACUAAACUGUUUGGAAAAAUAUUUGUUAAAUGUGUGUAAACUUAAUAAAAUUCCAUGUUUUCUUCUCAGAAGAGUUCAUUGAGACCAAACUGAACCUCUUUUAUAGAAAACAGUUGACAUGGGAUCAGUGUACUGGCCUCUUGUCAUUUCCAUGUGGCAGGAUGACCCACUUGCCAUUGCCCCAUCUACACUGUACUUACUGGGAAAUUAUUUUCUCAUUGCUUUCAUGAAUCUCCAUGAUAGCCUUUGCCCAGAGUAGAAAAAAAUUUGGCCUGCUUAGCUAAUUAAUGAUUCAGUACAAAUUUAAGUGUUUAUGCUCAUUUUAUUUUCAUACUAGAUUCCAUUUCAAUAAAUAAACAUCAGCAAAAUCUUUGAGUAGAUUUAUUGCCAAUAAUGCUAAAUUGCAAAUACAACAAAAAGACCCCUUUGACCACUCCUGAUUUGUUGUUAAGCAUAAUUAGAUAAAACUCAUUAGCUGAUUAUUUAGGGAAGACAUACAUCCAUAGUAUGUGAUGAAAUAUGAAUAACUUGUAAUUCCUAUUAGUUGGGUUUAUAGAUGCAGCUUAUACCCCUCCACAUGCACACACAUCCCAAACCAGCCUACCUUUAUGUUUUUGAUAAUUAACACUACUUGAGAUUUCUGUUCUCAAGACAUAUUUAGUGGUUAAAAUUGAGGCAAGAUUUAUUUUUGUAAAUGACCAAGAUUUAUGUUAAUGUUUCCUUCUGUUUUGUUUCCCAAGAGUUGUCUAUAAGAGCAUUUAUUACUGUAAGUAGGUAUUCAAGUGGUUUAUUCUAAUAUAUGUUUAAACACAUUGCCGUGGGGUCCUUGUUAUCUUUGAUUUAGUUAGACCAUUUCCUUUGUGUCUGGUCUUACCUGUUGCAUGGGAAGAGGAAAGCACCAAAUGAUCUGCAUGUCCUAGGACUCAUGUAUCCAGAAGUGCUGGUAUGUAUUAUUCAAUUUACAUACAGAGAGAUUGUCUGUAUUGUACAAUUUGUGUUUCUUAUCAUUUGUUGUGUUCAUAGCUAUGACAUAUCAAAUCAAAUACUUAUACGAAGGCACAUGGAAACCAUAAAAUAAUUUUGUGUAACAAAAUAGCAUUGUAUCACCCCAAAUAUAGAGAACUCUCAUGUAAAUAAGUUGAUAAACUCAAUUUUCCCCUUUACCAUGCCAAAGAAAAUUUUAGCUCCUUGAUGAUACCUCUCUUGCUAUUUUUCUGGAACAAGGUCAUCAUUCCUUCCCUCAGAAAUCAAGUUUGCUAUCAUUAAAUGCAAUCUGUCAUCACUUAUGUUCUGUAUAGUAAAUCUGAUGGAACACAUUUGUAUUUAUAGACUGUGUGUUUUAUAUAUUCCUGUAUGUAUGUUCAUUGUACCAAGUCUAUAGAAGACCCAUUCCUUCUGCAUGCAUAUCCAGUAGGGGAGGGUUAGUUCUAUCACCUUUUUAUGGUACCUGAUUGCUUUGCUUAUCCAUUAACAGUGCUCAAUGUUCACCCUUUGCAUAAUUCAAGUAAUACCAUUUUUGUUUUCAAAUAAGUUUAGUUCCUGAAAAUUUUUACUACUUUCCUUAGAAAUAAUUAUAAAAGACACACAGUUUGUUCUGUAUGAAGAGUAAAGGGAAUUGAGCACUUUCCAUAUUAUUCUGGAGAAUGUGGAGUCUUGCUUUAAGUGUUUUCUUGUUCUAGGUACUUUGGAUGAGGAGUAGAUCCAUCAUGGACACCACAACUUUUUCUCUAGUGUUUCUAGUUAUUGGCUUUUUAGAAAGAAAGCAAAAUGUAUCAUAUCUGACUAUUUAAUUGAUUCAACUACAAAACCAUCUUUUUUUCCUCUCUCUAGAGUGACAAAUAUCAGAUUUGGUUCUUUAAGCAAAAACUAAAACAACAACCACAAAUCUUUUGUUGUUCCUUAAAGUGAAUAUGUAUUACUUUGUUAAAUUUUUUACAAACAUUACAUGUAUAAUAUGUGUUUGAUAUUUCUCAAUGAAAGUGAGACUAAAUUGACUAAGGUUCAAAUUAGAAGAAACAGAAAAUAAUGGGAAAUGAUUUUCUAUUUUAUUUUAGGAAAAUACUAUAGCCUAGGGGAACAAUUAGGCCAAAUUUCUAAAUAUUUUCUGAAGCACAGGCUUAGUCAAAUCCAGAAUAUAAAUUGUGUUGUUCUGGAUUAAGAAACAAAGGUAAUUAGCAGUUUUAAAAAAUGACACACAAGACUGUCUGAAAUAGUGAGUACCUUUCAGAAAAGUUGUAACAGUUGAGCUUGUAAAUUAAGACAACACUGUACUUUUCUUUGUUCUAGAUUCUCAUUUAGUCUAAUUCUGAUAUUUACUGGUGAGCUGAUAGAGAUAAGUCACUCCUUCCCUGGUGCUGCUAGAAUCAAGAUGAACUCAGGAUUCUUGAAAGUCAGUAGGAACAAUGGUUCUCUUCCUAAAUUUAGAAAUCUUAUUGACUUUUAUAAAAGUCCCCUGGAAGAAUUCUUCAGUUAUGAUUUGCUAAAUAAGCAGGGUGAAGAUCAUCAAAAUUGAUGAACUUAAUAUCUCCUUUUCAAUUAUCAUAUAUCCCAGUGUUAUUUUUGAAAACCACAAGUAAGCCAAAGAGAUUUGUUUAUUUUCUUCUACUUAUUACAAAUUUGUCCUUGCUUGGCAUUCUCAAAAAAGGCAUUUCUAUCUUGGAGACAAAGUAUAAAAACAUUUAGAUAGGAGAUAGGUUAUACUUUUGCCUAUCACUAUGUGUUUUGGCUUGGGUUUGAUUUCUUCUUCUUCUUCUUCUUCUUCUUCUUCUUCUUCUUCUUCUUCUUCUUCUUCUUCUUCUUCUUCUUCUUCUUCUCCUUCUCCUCCUCCUCCUCCUCCUCCUCCUCCUCCUCCUUCUCCUCCUCCUUAUUUUACUAUAAAAAUGUGUGAAAUCUAUCACUUCUUUAUAGAUAUACAGAUGUUGGCAUGGCUAGGGCCAAAUACAGAUAGACAGAUAGACAGAUACACAAAUAUUAGCAAAUAUAAUUAAUCUUUUUUUAAAAUCUGUUUUCCAAGAAAAAGAAUUGAUCAGAGAGUUUGAGUUACUAUGAGGCAAAUACUAUAGCUUUAUUCUAUAGUCUGUAACAAUGUACCCCAUAUCAUGGUGACCUACAACUUAUUUUCAUGUUGUCCCAAAUUCAGGACAUAGCACACUUUGAUCUUCAUGGAAAUAUCACUUCUCCAAUGUCUAAACUCUAUUCUGAGAACACUUAAAUGGUCAGGAUAUUUCAACACUUUUUCUUAUAAGACAUAAGAAAAGUAACAUAUACUUUUACAAUAGAUGCUAUUUAUAGAAAUGAUAAAAACUAGAGAGGAAAUUAUAAUAAUAAGAAAGAUGUGCUUAAUGAAAAGGGCCAUAAGUAACUGAAAGUAAUUCCAGGGAAACAAAGGCUGGUAAACUACCAUACAUAGCUAUAAUUAAAGCCAACCCACAGUCUGUUUAUGUAUGGCCUGAGAAUUCAAGAUAGAUUUUAUUUGUUACAAUUUUAAAAUAUUAGACAGUGAAAAAGGAUGAUCCCUCAGUGGUUUCUCUAAUAGGCAUUGUCCAGAUCUUCUAUAAAGAAGGCUGAGUCCUAUAAUAAGAAAAGCUGAAGGCCAUUGUACCAUGAUGGGAAGGUCAGUGACUCUUAAUGCUUGGAAGUCACCAAACACAUCAUCACAACUGGGAUUGAAUUGUUAUAAUUGGUUUUUUUUUUUUUUCGGGUUUAAAAUGUAUUUAGAGAGAUAGAAAAUAUAGAGAAAAACAGAAUGCACUCAUCCAUACUAUACCUUAACUCCUUGUAUUUCCCUCAUGUUACAAAAGUGACAUUGAUUACCAGUUCAGUAAGUAAUAGAUAUACAACCAGUAUGGCUGGGUCCCCUAAUCUCAGGAUAAAGGCAACAAUUUUAUAAAUAUGUUAAUUCUGAGAACCUUGUUAUUAUAAAACCAGCACCAGUAAAACUGAUCCUUCAAAUACUUCUCAGUAUUUAGUUUUUAAGUAACACAGUGGAGGUGUGUUUUCUUUACAUUUGGAGACUUGACUGAUAAAGUCCAAGCCAUGAUUCUAAAAUAUUUACAUUAUUAAUAUAAAAUUUGCAAGUAAAAAUUUCAUCUUAAAACAAAACAGAAAUGAUUUUGCUAUGUUAUUUUGGAUUUUACAAAUAAUUCACAUUUAGGGAAAAGGUAUUUUUUUAGCUCUAAAUAAUGGUUAAAUCAACUAUGUGUAUAAGUAGAUCUAACUGUAUAUAUGCAAGAGAACCCCAAAUAUUGUACAUUUUCAUAAUUCAAUGUGAAUUUCAUACAGAGCAAAAUUUCACCAAGAAAAUAAACAUUUUGUUCGUAUUAUUGAGUGAAUAUUUGUAAUUUUGAUUUAAACCAUUUCUAGAAUUUUGGGGUCCACUUCUGAACUUGUAAAAUUGAUGUCAUCCUUGUUGACCCCACCAUUUCUUUGAAAAGAAGAGAGCCAUUUAAGGGAAAUGAAUGCAGUAUGAAGAUCCUCAUGUUUCUAACUAGACACUGUCUUCUUCAGAGGGUAAAUUAAUGAAGUAAUUUAAAUAUGAAAAAUCUGAUUUCUUGUACAUGUAACCCCUGCUUAGUCUUAAAAACAAAAUCUGCUAGUUCUUGGGAUCUAAAGUGGUUAUUACAAUUUAUUCUUUUCUGUCGUGUUUGUUUUCUGUGAGUAAAUAGAUAUUGACACAGAAUAUAAACAACUUAUGUCAUUAUUUAUUAAAAUGUCAAAUUGUGCAUUUUUCAUUUCUUCCUGUAAGAGAUUUUUGUGAGUUUAAAGCCCUUGUGAUCUGGGAAGCACCCAGCCCAUCAUCACACCUUGUAUGUGUCUGUCAUUAUCAUCCCAUAUACAAAUUCAAAGUCAUAUGGAAUCCUGGAAAAAUCUGACUGGUUGGUUUGUGUGAGAAUAAAUAUUAUCCUUAUAUUCUGAUACAGUGUUUCUGGUGUUGGGAUGCGGAGUACUAAACACAAUGUGAUUUAGCAUUUUUCUACUACAUCAUGGUAAACAUUGGAUGUCAGAAAACACUUUGUUGUAAGGGCCUUUCUAUGUUCUAUAAGGUGUUCAGCAUUGUCUGUGGCUACUACCUCUAAUAUUCCCAUAACACAAAUACUCCUGCCUACCAAGUCUGAUAACCAAAUUCUCUGUAAACAUUGCCAAAUGUCUUGGGGGUUGCAAAAUUGUCCUCUUCAGUUGUGAAACACUGAUGUUAAUUAUGGGAGAACAAUUCUUUAUGGUAUAACUUACAUUAGUUUGCUAAAGUCAUUUGUAUUGAAGACCCAUGCUUCACUUGGGCAGUCAGAAGUAGAAAAACACACAAAAGUCUGUCCUAGUGCUGUGUAACAUGCUUUCCUCUGAAUUUCUAAAAUGGCCUAGAAAUAAAAAUCCAGUUGUCUCCUAAGGGAUCAUUAAGGAUAUUCGGUACCAAGCCAGAUUUCACAUGCAUUUCCAUUCCAUCCAUCCCAGCAUUCACAGUUUCCACAGCUACAGAUUCCAUUCCCUGCAAAAAAGUAAACAAAGAAAUCACGACUAUGAUCAGAAUACACCAUUAGAAUAUAUAACUGUGAACCAUAGCUGUUCAUGAGAAAACCAUUUAUCCUCUCUAAAGUGUCUAACCAUCUUUAAAAUAGUUAAUGGCAUCUCUUUGAUACCAUAAUUUAUUAGUUGAACAGUUCCUACCUUGCAUCACUCAGCUGGGCUCCCAUAUCACAGUUCUAAAUUCUGUUAGUAGACAAACCACGUAUGACUUACAAAUAAACAUUGAAAAGCAUAAAGCCCCUUAAUAUGAAAUUAGGCAAGCCUGAGAGCUGGAAAAAAUCCUUGUCUAGUAGGUGGAGAGAAAGUGGUUGUCCAAUUUAAUGUCAUGCCAAAAAUAAUCAUAUUUAACUGAACUAAAAAUAUUUGAUUACAAAAAUAUUUUGUGUUACUGAGAUUGUUAUCAGUGGAAUAUUGAAUCAGCUUGGGCAUACAUUUUAUAAUUAAAAUAAUAACUUUAGGAGAACACAUACAUAAUUAUUUAACUUUAUUCAAUAUUAUUUAUGGCCAAUUAUUAGAACUCAAUAAACUAGGUUUGAUGGCCAUUAAACAGUUAAAUAUAUAGUAUACUCUGUUGUUAUCUCUCAUCCCCCCCCACAUUCAUACAUAUAUCCAGUUUCCUAAAAACAGACAAUAUACCAACUUGUGGCAUGAGAAUACUGCUUUAAAUAAUACCUCUUACCCAUCUAGACCAUAUUAAAAUGAAAUGUUGUCAAGAGAAUUCUGUAUUUGUAUAACUGUCUUUGUGUGAGUUUAUAUAACAAGUUACCUUGUAAAAUAUUUCCAACAAUCAUAUAAUCUGGCUUCAUUCCUUUGCAUUCUUCUAGGGAAAAUUUUGUGUAUUUACAGAUGUUCACUUUUCCUUUCAGAGCUACUAAACAUGGCCAUUAUUCAUUUGAGUGCAUGGAAGCUGCCAUCUCUGCCCUAUCUAAAGCAGUAUGUGGAGAAUGUCAUUUUACUCUAUUGUCAUUUGUGACACAAAACAAUUAAUGUAGCUCGAUACUGCACCUGUGCAAAUAAGACCAUCGUGUUUGUCACAGUCUCUGUCAUCACAGUCACAAAACUCCCCUGAAAUAUACCACUCUUCUCCAGAACAAAUGCACUUUCCACAAUGACAAGAACCUGAAAUAACAAAGGGUGUUAGUCACUAUCGCCAGAGAAAUAAAGGUUUUCAUCAAGAAGAAAGUAUCAUUGACACGCUGACAAUAGACUUGUAAUAACCUAUCUUCUAAAGGAAAAAGUUUAUUGAAUAGCUGCUUCUCAGAGGGGAGCUUUACUUACUGUAAUACAUAAAGGUCAGCCAGGAAAGCCUUUAUUAUAGAUCUAGACAGUUGCAAUUAGCCUUGAGCAAAUGUUCCUUGGUCCAGUCUGGUUGAAAUGUCAAUGAGACAGGAUGUGGCUCAUCUUUAGAGAUGCUCUCCCCAAAAGGUAUUCAAAACAGAUGUUUUAUUUGUUUCUUUUUGUUCAACUGAAUUGCAUUUUAUGGUCCCUGUUCUCUAAAGGAAUAUUCUACUAAAUUAUAUCAAAUGAAGAUUCAUUUUACAAUUAAAUAAUUACUAAAUUAUUGAGUUAAUCUUCUUAUAGUUUUAUUUACAUGCUUUUCAUACUGAGUGGCAGGGUAAAGUGCUAAAAAUGCAAACUCAAUUCCUUAUGUCUGAUUGAUGUCUGAUGCUUGCCCUUUAGGAUUAGCUAUAAUCAGCAAGAGUUCUAAAAAAAAUCCUGAAUAGGGUCUAGUCAAUUGUCCCACCUCUUAUAAACUUCCUUUGUGGUUAUCUCCAAUUUAAUUUUAAAACUAGUUAUUAAAGUAUUUUGUGGUAACCAAGAAUAUUACUAAUGGUACACUUAAAAUAAAAAAUAGUUUUGUGAUAUCUUAAAAAGAUUCUCUUGGUGUAAAUGCCUUUCAAGCCAGGCUUAAAAAAUCACAAGGAUAAGCUACUCUUGCUACAGCUAGUAGGACAAAUACAGAAUUCAAAAGGACCUCUUCCAUUUCUUUGGCUUUUCUAUUGAACACAGUUUCCUUUUACGACAAGAUGCUGGUAGUUAUUGCUAAGUUAGUCAAGUAACCAAUCACCUUGAGAGAAUAUGAAAUAAUAAAAGUUUUUAAUGCAGUUAGAAAAACUCCAAACUCCUUAAGCUUUAAAAAUACACAGAAGAUUCAGGAUUAAAUUCUAAGUACUUCUGGUGAUUGACAAAUGAUCAAUGACCUCUGAGAACAGAUAGCAGAAAACCUCAGUUUUGGGAAAUAGAAAGCUAUGAUACUGACAUUUAUAUCAUGAAAGAAUUCAAGUUAAAGUGUCCCAAAUAUUUGUAAGCUCAUACUCUGGAAACAGGUACAUGCAUUUUAGGUUAAAGAAUCUCCGACAAAAUUUCACUUUUGUCACUCCUCAUCGCACACCUCAAGACAAGCAAGUAGUCAGAACCAGUUAAGAGAUAAUAACUCCAUUAUAUUUAUUUUACUUCAUUGUUAAGUGCAGCACAAUUUCACUUAAUCUUGUUUUACUGAGAGUCUGGCAAACUUUCAGGCUCUUUAGGGUAAUAUAUGAAGGUUUUCCAGUUUUGAGACAUAAUUGACAACCUAGUAGUUGCUCAGGCCCUUACUGCUGUUCUAGUGGGAAAAAGAUAAAGGGUCCCUUGUAUCCUCAUCAAUGCAGAGUAUAUGUUCAUUUUAGAAUUUUGUUUUUCUUAAAUUUAAACAUAUUUUUUAAAAUUUCUAGGCAUGGCUAUAUUAACUAUCAAUUGCUUGUUUAACAAAUGGUUUAUUAAGGACCUGCAUGGGAACUCAGUUGUCUAUCAUAGAGAUAUUCCCCCCAAAUAACAUCACAUUUAGUGGCUGAUUUCCAUCAGUGAAGGAUUUACUAUUUGAAGAAUUUGAUAUUUUUAUUUGUUUCUAACAUAGUAUCUCUUACAUCAUGAAGUUACUUCUAUAAAAGAAAUAAAUGAUUUUAUAUACUCAUGAUAUUAAUAUAUCAUAUCUAGAUGCCUUUUUAUGUGUAUCAUAAUUCUUACAAAGAAUUUACACUUCAUCUUUGAACUUAUCUCUUGCCUGGAAGUGAUUCUUAUUAGUUCUUUGUUUCUGGACUAUUCAGCUGUGAAGAAUAGCAAAGUAUUUUCCUGAAUUCAGCUAAAGUCAAUUUUAUUUAUGUGGACUGAGUAUUUGACAAUUUGGAGUUCUAGCUUCAAAUAGUAGAUGUCAUGAAAUGGUUAGAAUAAAACUGGAGUUUGAUUUUGUGUAUGUCAUGGAAGCAAUUUUCGUGGUCACUAUAAUUGCAGGUGUGUUGUUUUUCUGUUUGUUGAUGGUAAGUAGAAAAAAUUUCUACUUCCUACAUAAAUAGGAACAGUAUAACAUGUAGUACUAACACAGUGUAUGUAGUCAUUAGGAUCUAUUAUAGAUCUUUUUUAUAGGGAGCUCUGGGUGUUUGUAUAAUAAUGGGGGUGGAUUAUCCCUCUCUAGAAAAGGAAAAAAUAUGAGGAGAAGAUUCUGUCUAACAAUGUAAGCUUCCUGAACACUCAGAAAUGAGCAACUGUUCAACUCAGCAUACUUGGACCCAUUCCUAUUGGAACACCAGCCCAGCCAUAGGCUGCAGCUGGCCCAUCCUGUCAGAACCCUAGGGUGAUAAACCUGGAAAAACACCACCACUAAUCCAUUUGAUUUCAUUCUCCAAAAGGACCUUUAACAAUGUCUCUCUUUUUAUGCCUUCUAUUAUUGGGCAAUUCAUUUUUCAUCUAUUCAUAGAGUAUUCAAAGACCUAAGAAGGAGAAAACAAACAAGCAAAAACAUCCUUGAAGAUGAGAACAGAAUAUCAGAGAGGAUUAAUCCACCACCUAUUUACCUAUCUAUCUGUGAUGACUGUCACAGCAAAAACAUUUAUAUAGUUUCAUAAAUGAACAAUUCUUGCCUACAGAUCUGGCUAGCAGCAAUCUGGGAAUGGCAACUAGAACACUAUGUUAAGGUUGGUCUUGAAAAGUAUAACAUUUCCUGUUCUCUUUUCUGAACAGACAGAAAGGACGUAGCUAGGGAACAGAUGAAUGAAUGAGAGUACCUUAAAUUUACUAAUGACAUGAAUGUAGCAAUAUCACCGUGACAGUUUAAAGAUACAUUUAAAGAUGUGUUCCAUAAUCGUAUCUCUAAAAAUAUGGAGUGAUUACUUGCAUCUAGGAUAACAUAGUUAAGACAAACACAUCAUUGUGUCACCAUGGAGCUAAAUAAAUAAACCCCUAAAUCAACAAAUAAACAUAAAUCAAUAUAAGUUUCACCAUAUAUUCUGCAAAGGUAGCUAAACUUAGGGGCAACAUGGCCACUAAGCAUAUCUCUCUUGGUCAUUUUCAAAAACAAUUUCUGUCAGAGGUUAAGGCCGCAUUCCUUUACUGACUUUAUUCCUCAUACAUCAAGCCUGACAAAAUGCUGCAACCUGACACCCCAGCAGGCAGUUUUCACUAUUGUACUAAUGACACCAUCUGUUAUGAAGGUCACAACAAUGUAUCUUGUUUUAAAUUUUUCUAUGGAGUGAUUUAUUGUCUUGGCUAUAAAUUUGUAAGAAAUAAAAUGCUAUUUCCUCAUCGUC